AUGGCUUCAGGCUCUCGUUACGCCCCUCUGGCAGAAGACGACUUUGAGUCGGAAGAUCCAGGGCCACACACUCACCCGGCUCCAUCACUGGCACACACCCGCCCGGCUUCACCCACUGCCACGCUCCAAGCGUACCCGGAAAUUCAAUGGAUCUACGCUGGUGUUGAGUACGACUCGUUGGAAAACGCUAUCCGCGCCUCGGCAAAUAGUUUAGGCAUCACCAACCCAGCUUACGUCGACUGGACUAUCUCUGUGACAAGGGAUAUCACCCGGCGGGAAAUAGUUAACGUUUACAACGUCCUCGGCAGCAAGAUAUAUGAACAUCGGAACGACUUCCUCAAUGAGAUCGACACCACCCACGCCACCUUCAAAGAGCUGACACUGCUGGGAACCUCGCUCUCAAAGCCGUUGAAGAGAACAAACAAACAGCUGAGGGCGGAACUGGUCACUGUCCAUGCAGAUCUGGAAGUUCUCAACCGGAACGACACGGAGCUCGUCAAACGAUAUAAGGAACUCGCGGCCAAGUUUACACAGUUGGAGCAAGGCCUAUCAACCCGCACCACGCUUGGUACCAGCACCGCACCGGUCCCUGUCGUAUCACAGGCCUCGCGUAUCAAGGCAUCAGAACCACCCAAGUACAAGGGCAACAAAGGCUCGGACAUCACUCUCGAACAAUGGUUGCAGAAGAUGGGUCUUUGGUUCCGCGUUCAGAACAUCACCAUGGACAACGACAAGAUUACCCUGGCCCUCAUGUACUUGGAAGGUGGUGUGCACGAUUACGUCGAAGACUACAUCGAGACAGCAUCAAACAGCGGAACCCUUGGACUCCUGGACCGACUUCGUCAACCGACUUAA